AUGUCUGCACCUACUAUUACUAGAAUUAGUCCUACCUCGGGCCCUAAUUCUGGCGGCACAACUGUCCUUAUCACUGGCACCAAUCUGGCCACCCCCACAACAGUUACGUUUGGCGGCACUGCUGCUACCGUUAACUCAAGCACCGCCACAUCGAUCUCCGUCGUAUCUCCAGCUCAUGCUGCCGGUGCAGCCCGGGUUGUGGUAACCACUGCAGGCGGUACCAGCACCCAACCAGUGAAUUUCACUUAUAUCACUGUUGCUGCUCCUGUCAUUACUUCCAUUUCUCCAACUAGCGGGCCAGUAUCAGGUGGGAACACUGUUACAAUCAAUGGCACAAACCUUCAGUUUACUACUGGUGUCACCUUCGGUACUACUGCUGCCAGCAGCUUCGCUGUCCUUUCCUCUACUCAAGUUGCUGCGGUCGCCCCAGCAGGUACAGCAGGAAACUCAACGGUCAGUGUGACCAAUGCAGCCGGUACCAGUGGCACUAUUCCAUACACCUAUAAUGGGGUAGCAGCUCCUGUCGCCAACAGUGUGAGCCCUGAUACCGGCCCUACUGCAGGCGGAAAUACUGUGGUCAUCAGUGGCACUGGUUUCACGUACGCCUCGGCUGUGAGAUUUGGCUUAACUCCUGCCACCUCAUUCACUGUGGUCUCCAGCACAGUGAUAAACGCGGUCGUUCCACCAGGUGGCGGCGCCGUCAAUGUUUUCGUCACCGGACCUGGUGGUACUAGUACCGGUGGCCCUACCUAUACCUAUGCAACUGAUCCAGCGCCUACCAUCACAGGGCUUACCCCAGCAGCGUCCGGGCCGGUAUCUGGUGGGAAUACUGUAACCAUCGCGGGUUCGAACCUCAACGGUGCCACAGCAGUUACGUUCGCUGGCAUUGCAGCCAGUUCUUUCACCAUCUUAUCACCCACUCAAAUAACCGCUGUCACUCCAGCAGGUACUGCUGGGACUGCCUCUGUACUAGUCACAACACCUGCUGGUACCAGUACAGGAUUCGAUUACACUUACAUUGCUGCACCUGCACCUACAGCGGUCGUUUCUUCUGAAGGCGUCGCAGCUGGCGGCAAUAUUGUUACCAUCACUGGCACUAAUCUCGACGGUACCACCGGUGUGAAAUUCGGAACCACCACUGCAAGCUUUACAGUUGCUAGCGACACUGAAGUGGAUGUCGUCACACCUGCACACGUUGUUGGCAUGGUUCCUGUCAGUAUUACCACACCAGGCGGCACAAACAACUCGCUUAGCUUCAGCUUCGUGCCGUCUCCAGUUAUUGGUUCUGUCACUCCUGCUUCCGGACCGAUUGGCGGGGACACUGUUGUGACCAUCACCGGGGCAGGCUUGAUCAAUACCCUUGAUGUAUUCUUUGGGACAACUGCAGCAACCGCCUUUACCGUUAUCUCUGACAAUACGGUAACUGCAACCUCCCCUGCUGGCGCAGCAGGGACUACUGCUCUGACAGUUGACACCGCUUCUGCCACCAGCAACGGCGCCAUAUUCCAAUAUGUUGACGCACCGACCCUUACAAGCUUGUCGCCUACUGGCGGAGCCAUCGCGGGCGGCAAUAAUGUGACUCUUACUGGAACGGGCUUCUUGGCAGCCACUGAUGUGUUCUUUGGAGCCAACCCAACUGUAUUCACUAUUCUCAGUGACAGCUCAAUCAGUGCAGUUGCACCUUCCGGGGUUGGAGCCGUUGAAGUCACGGCUGUAAGCCCUGGAGGUACUAGUGGUGCUCAGACAUACACUUACUCUUAA